AUGCAAUACGAUAAAAAAAUGCAUAAUUACAAAAUAGUAACUCUCAGUGUCUUAUUAAUCAUAACUUUUUCAAUUCAAAUCACAUCAACUCAAUUAGUUUUAAAUUGUUUGAGUAAAAUAGAAGAAUUUUCAUUAAUUAACUCUCAAAAUUCUUGUAACGUUCAAAACAUUCUGAACAUUUACGAACCAAAUACCGAAAUACAGGAUGUAGACGGACAGGCUGAUUCAUAUACAGCAUUACUGAUUAUCGAUAAAAGAACUGAAUUUUUACCAUCGAACUUGGGAAAAAAAUUUAUAAAUUUAAUCGCAUUAAAAGUUCUAGAAGGAAGAUUAAAGGAAGUCAGACAAAAUGAAUUGAAAUCUCUGACAAAUUUGCAGUAUAUUAAUUUUGAUCAAAAUGACAUUGAGUUUCUUGACAAUAAUGUGUUUGACUUUAAUCUUAAAUUGAAGGUCAUUUGGUUAGGUGGAAAUAAAAUAAGUUAUAUCGGAAAUUCUAUUUUUGACAAUUUAAUCCAACUUAAUAAUGUUGAUUUUAGAAACAAUACAUGUGUGUCGACUUCGCAAAUGAAUUUAAAAAAGUUCAACUUUGCAGCAUUGAAUCUAAUAAAAGAAAAUUGUUCGAAUGUUCAGGCUGAAGCUAAUUACCUAUUUUGCAAAUCUUUAUUUGUAAAUACUGAAAAUUUGAAUUUACUUCAAAAAUUGGAGGAUUUAAAAGCAAAAAGCGCUGAAAUUGAUCGAAAUUUGAAUGCGUCACAACAAGAAUACAAAAAAUAUAAGAAAGAUGUUGACUCAAAUGAGCUCCAGAGAAGUACAGACCUUAAAACUUUAGCAAAAAACGAAAAUCAAUUAAAGCAAAAUAUUUCAAUUCUCAAAAUUCAAAUCAACUUACUUAAUAGACGAAAUGACAAUUUAACAGGACCAACAACAAGUUUAAGGAAAAAUUAUACUGACUAUGAAAAUCAAUUUACCAAACUUAAUGCAAAUUCGAGUAAAGUUGCUGCAAAAUAUUUGGAAACCAGGGAGGAGCACAUCAAAUAUGCACAAAAUGUCGACAACAUUAAACAACAAUUAUCGUCUGCAACUAAGGAAAAUGAGAAUUUAAAGACAAAAUUGGAACGUUUAAAUUCAAGUCAAAAUGAAAGCUCAAAUGAUGACUCAAAUUGGUGGACUAAAUUAAUUUUGUUGACUUCAACUGCACUAAUAGUUGCAAUUUCAACAACUAUAGAUGUCUUUAUUUCUUUUAAAAAUUAGAUUUAAUGAUGUUCAUAUUUAUUUUAUUUUUUUCAUAAAGUUAUCUUUCCCGUUUAUUUAUUUUA